AACAAACUCCACCGGCGAUGAAACGGGCCGGCGAGCCAUGAAGGGCGGCCGGAUUAAUUUCCAAUUAGGCAAUAUCCGGCAAUCACCAAUUCAGAAAACCAGGGCCAGUAGACAACGCGCAGCGUCGAUGGCUGUCGCGGACGAGAAACCCCCGGAGACUGAGAAGCACGCCGGACGAACAAAGUGCACGCGCUUUAGACGAUCGGUUGCCGGACAGGCUUAACCGACCGUAAAUCAGCGGCGGCCGGACAGGCGCACCUACGACGGGGAAAGGGCGUGCGUCUAGGGUUUCUGAGACGACCCUUGAAAAUGCUUUGAUACCAUGUAAAACAUGGGAAAUGAUACAUAAUGGUAUGUAGUGGUGCGUGGAGCAAGCGGGUUUUACUCAUAUGGUAUAUUGGAACGUUCAGAAGGGUGGCCAGAUAUAGAUGUCUACCAAGGCCGAAUUGUCUUCAAACUUGAUCAACACUUGUUCCAAUAUAUGGCUGUUUCCGAUGAGAGGCAAAGAAUAAUGCCAACUGCCCAAGACCGAGAAGAGGGUAAAGUACUUGACUACCCCGAAGCUGUUCUUUUGAUCAAUCCAAACAACUCUUACUUGAGAGGAGAGGUUGAUGAUAAAUAUCAGUAUUCUUGUGAAAACAAGGAUAAUCGAGUCCAUGGGUGGAUAAGUUCGGACCCGCCAACAGGGUUUUGGAUGAUCACUCCUAGCAAUGAGUUUCGAAAUGGCGGACCUUCAAAACAAGAUCUUACUUCACAUACUGGCCCCAUCACUCUUUCUAUGUUUUUCAGCACACAUUAUGCUGGAGAGAUGUUGGGGCUGAAGUUCCGAAACAGAGAGCCGUGGAGAAUGGUUUACGGCCCUGUCUUCAUCUACCUGAACUCGGAUUCGACUGACCAAUACGGUUUGGGUGAUCUUUGGGCAGAUGCAAAGGAGCAGAUGUUCAUUGAAACCGAAAACUGGCCAUACGAUUUCCCACUUUCUGAAGCAUUUGUUCCUGCUCAACAACGAGGCACAGUAACUGGUCGGCUACUAGUUCAAGAUAGCUACAUAAACGAAAGGCUUAUGACGGCUAAUUCAGCUCCUGUUGGGCUUGCUUCUCCGGGCAAUUCGGGAUCAUGGCAAUAUGAAAGCAAGGGUUACCAGUUUUGGACUGAAACUGAUUCCGAAGGGUAUUUCUUGAUAAAAGACAUCAUCCCAGGAAAGUAUAGCUUGCAUGCAUGGGUCCCUGGAUUUAUGGGUAAUUACAGAUAUGAUUUCAACAUUAAUAUCACACCAGGAUCAAGAAUCAGGCUUGGGAAUCUCAUAUAUGAUCCUCCAAGAGUAGGUCCCACGCUCUGGGAGAUCGGAAUCCCGGAUCGGACUGCAUCUGAGUUUCUCAUCCCGGAUCCUUAUCCUAUGCUUCUGAACCAAUUGUACACUGAGGACACAUCAGAAAAGUAUAGGCAAUAUGGCUUGUGGGACAAGUACACUGAACUCUAUCCAGAUGAAGAUUUGAUUUUUACAAUUGGAACAAGCGAUUAUCAGAUUGAUUGGUUUUUUGCACAUGUCAAUAGAUAUGUGCUACUAGGGGAUGAAGGAAACAAAACAUAUAUACCAACGACAUGGACAAUUGAGUUUGAGCUUGGCAAUGUUGAUGAGUUUGAAAACUAUACCCUUUGGAUUGCAUUGGCAUCAGCACAUGAAGCUGAAUUGCAGGUCGGAGUGAAUGAUCCGGAGAUGGCAAUCCCCCACUUCACUACCGGUUUUAUAGGAAAGGACAACGCGAUUGCAAGACAUGGCAUUCACGGGUUGUAUUGGCUGUUCAAGGUUGACGUGCCGGGGUCUCUACUUGGAAUAGGAACCAACUCAAUCUUUUUCAGGCAAGUCAAAGGGUCAAGUCCUUGGAGAGGGGUAAUGUACGACUACAUUCGUUUCGAAGCACCAUUUCAAAAAGAUUAAUAAUCAAUAAACUCUUAUGUGAAGAAGUUUGUGUAAACAUAACGUAUGAAUGUGUACUUUCUUAGGAGAUACUCUUGCACCAAAUGUAUUCAUGUAUGUAACAAUAUUGGCUAAUGUCACACAA